AGCUUCUUCCCCUUUCUCUGGGAAAGAAGAAACUGCCGGGCUGCGCUCGCUUCUGCCUCUCGCUCUCCCCCUGCUUCUCACUUUCACUCCCAUCGGUUUCGCGUUCCCUUUGCCAGGCGGAAAAACCUCGCGGAGCUCCAGCCCGGCAGCAGCAGCAGCAGCAGCAGCAGCAGCAGCAGCAGCAGCAGCAGCAGCAGUAGGAGGGUUGAUCCUGGUCCCACCCACCGGGACUUUCCUGGCUUCCUCCAGCAGGGAGCGGGGGGAGCAGGAGCGCUCGGAGGCAGGAGCGGGCCGGCGCGGGGAGCGCUCCCGCGGCUCCUGCCGGGUUUCUACUGGCAGGCGCCACAGGAGGUUUGGCGGUGCCCGGCUCCCUCGCAGGACGAGCCCGGCGCUGCUGCCAUGGAGAGCGCGGUGGAGAUGGGCGCGGAGGCUGCGGGCAGCGGGCACGGCGCAGGGAUGCAGCUCCGGCAGGACCUGCGCAGGAUCCGCUGUGCGCUGCUGCUCUGCCUGCUGGCCGUGCUGCUGCUCAUGCUGCCCACCGCUUACCUGCUGCUCGGGAACCUGCGAGCGCCCAGCUCCUGCGGCCAGGUCACAGAGGAGAGGGGCUCUCACUUUCUGAAGCAACGAGCAGUGGCUGCUGUUACAGACACACUUUCCAGUGCAGAGAAGCCACGAGCUCACCUGACAGUGAAGAGGCAGGACCUGGCCAGCGCCGUGGGGAGCCACAUGCCCAUCCUGCAGUGGGAGGACAAGCGAGGCCUGGCCUUCACCAAGAACAACCUGAGCUACUCCAGCAACGCCCUGGUGGUCCCCGUGUCCGGAGAUUACUACGUGUACGCCCAGGUCACCUUCCGAGGGCCCGUGGAGAGCAGCCACAAGGCCAGCUCUGUCACUGAGAUCAUCACCAAGGUCACUGACAGCUACCCCGAGCCCACCCAGCUGCUGAUGGGCACCAAGACCCUCAGUGAGAACGGCAAUGGUUGGUUCCAGCCCAUCUACCUGGGCGCUGUUGUCUCCUUGGAGGUGGGAGACAAGCUGAUGGUCAACGUGAGUGACAUCAAGCUGGUGGAUUACACCAAGGAGCACAAAACUUUCUUUGGGGCCUUUCUGCUGUAGGGCUCUGGCCUGCAGCAGAUGGUGGGGGAUCCCUCCAGGGUCAUCAAGGGGAUUUUGUUGGAUUUUGGAUUUGUGGGUGCGUGUUGGGGUGAGAUCUCUGCUGUUUGCCUUCUUCUUCUUCUUCUUCUUCUUCUCUUCUUCUUCUCUUCUCCUUCUUCUUCUUCACUCCCCUGCAGCUCACUAGAGCCUUAAUUUAAUGGGUAGGGAAAGGUGAAGCUGCAGGUUGGAGUGAAAUAACCCCCAAAAAAACACAACAAAAACCAACUAAAAACUAACUCAAAAAACCCAAAAAAAAAAACAACAAAAAGCCAAAAAAACCAACUAAAAAAAUCACCCCAAAACAGCAACAAUAAACCCCAUAACAAACAUACAAACAAAAAAACACCAAAAAACCAAAAACAACACUCAAAAACCCCAAAAACAAACAAACAAAGAAAAGCCAAAACAGAAAAAUGAAACUCAUAUUGGAGGGCAAAAGCAUGUAUUUUUGAAAGCAAAAGUUGAAAGUUCUUCAAAACUUUGUAAGCUAAGGAGGAACAUUUGAUACCUGUGGGUAGGAAGUUUCUUUUUGAAUAUUGAGCUAGGCUAUGUCCCUAAUUCCACCUUCAAUGUACAAUUUCCUCAACUCAAAAAAAAAAAAAGUUUUUUGAGCUUUCUCCACCACUUCCAGUAUAGUUUUGCAUGACCCUUCUUCAGAUUCUCCUUUCUAAAAGGUAAUUACUUCUCAUAAUUUCCUUAUGAAUACAUUUACUCAGUACUUUGCACUAACAUAAAGCUCAGGUUAAUUAUUAACUGCUUAAUUAAUCCCUUCCAACUUCCCUGUAAAGUAGAUUAAAAUUGUAUCUUGUGCUUUGCAGCAGCUACUUGAGAUUUUUGGUUUUUCCAAAAAAUCAUUUACAGUUCUCUAAGUUCAUAUACAGCCUCAAAAUAUUCUGGAAAAGAUCUAGGGAACACACAAAACACUUUCUGUUUCAGCAUGAAAGUGGAAUGUCCCCUCCAGGUCCUAACUUUAGGAUAACAGGGAAAAAAAAAACCCAAAAAUCACAGAGCAAAAUUUUGCACACUUUUAAAUCAGCCACCGAAAUUUUGGGAGAAAACCUCUGCAAUGUUUUCCUUUCCAUUAUAUUUAAUGCAAGGCAGAUGCAACUGAAGAAAUCACUGCUUGGGCUCCAGCUGCAGAUGACGGUGGCCCCUGGCCCCAAGGGACUCCCAGCCCCACCCUGGUGAGAAGAUCCAGAGACACCACCCUGGUGGAGCUCAGGCUGUCUAACUUCCCACCUUGCCCUUACUCAUUUCCACAGACCUUUCUGCCUCUCAGGGAGAUUCCCAUUCUCCCCUCCCCUCCUGCAGCAAACACAUCUCCAGCAGUGCCUCAGGACCCUCAGGGGUUGGAUUUACACCCUGAAGAACCCCGAGGGCUCACAGCCAAGCACCAUCCCCACCCACCAGGCUCCCUCUCUGCAGCUCUCCCCUGCCUCACCUCCUUGGAUCUCCUCCAUUUCUCCACUUCUUGCCCAGAAAUGACAGCAAGGCUUUGUCCCUGAGCUGAUGUUUCCAUCCAAGCCCUGGUGGAGCCCCAGGUCCCCCCAUCAGGGGUGGGGACCCACAGCUCUGGGGUGAGGGGCUGUGUCUGCAGAGCUGAACUGGGCACAGGCUUUGUGCUGGGCACAAGCCAUGGCAGAUCCUGCAGCUUUGUCCAUGGCAAAGCCCUUCCCCCCAGGAGACCUUUUAUUGCUCUGGGAAGAUCUGCCUGAGCUGAAAAGAAGUCAGUGGAGCAGCUGGAGCAGGGAGAGAGGCCAGGGAGAUUGGGAAGGGAGGAGAGGAGCAGAGCAGGAGGAGGGGAGGUCCAGGCAGCACCAGGAUCUCUUCAUGUCUUGGUGUGAGGACCUUCCUGCUGACAUGAAAAUUGGCAGGUCUUUUGUGGCAAAUCAUUCCAAAAUGGAGGAUUUUUGCCCAUUCUUCCCUAUCCUGCAAUUCCUGGAUCCCACAGUUUCAGUCCUUCCCUGUUUUAGGCCCAUCACAACAGCCAGGAAUUUGCCACCCUGUCCUGCCCUCUUUUCCUGCUUCCAGAUUUUCCUUGAGUCUCAUCACUGAGUGUUGGCUCCUGGCACAACUCUGCCUAUUUGGGGAGCUUGACAAAUUCCCUGCCUCAAAACCUCAUCCCAGUUUGGCUUCCCAUCUUUUUUUUGACUCACCCUUUGCCUUCCCCACAUCCACAUCUCAGCUGUCCUCUUGAUCCCUUGCUCCCUCCCGCCCUCCUGGCCCUGUCCACUAGGUGCAAGGACACUUCUUUGUCCAAAUGCCAUUUUUUUCACUCAAUUUCUCCAGCCCACAAAGAAAAGUGACAUCUCAAAAUAGGUUUGGAUUGGAGAAAGUAAAUUUAAUUAUCCUGCAGGCAGAUGGAAACACUCGGAGUCAAGGGAUCCUCUUAUGUCUUUAUGAUCCAGAUCACUUCCAUCUUUGAGUCCUUAUUCCUAUUUUAUCUCCACCUGCCCAGAAGAGUUUUUUAAGCUGGGCCUGGAGCAGUUAUUCCCCAGUUAUCCCUUCAGUGCUCAGCACACACAACCUCAGCCUUGUUCUGGUGAUCCAGCUCCUUUUCAGGGCUCUUCCUCCUGCUCAGAGACCCCUUCCACCAGGGUAAAAUCUGGUGAAAUCCCCCACUCUUGGCUCUUCUAGACAAAAUUACUCCCAGUGAAACCCUGAGAGUUUCCAUAGCUCAAAUUUUGUCAAGUGUUCCCCCAACACCUCACGUUGAGUCUUUGAUCACUUGGUUGGGUGCCCAAAGCAGGAUCUGAACUCAUGAAAACACAAAAUCUGCAGCUUUUGGAGCAUGUGGAGCACUUUAGGUGACCAGCACACGAAACAACGUGGUCAGUCUCAUAAAGGAAGAUUGGAAAUCAUCUUUCCAAGACAGGUGAUUCCCAGCAGUUAGGCAGGAGAGCUCCUGCAAAGGACAAAAUAGUGUGAAAUUGGUUUAUCCUUGGAGGAGAUUGGAAGGGAAAUUCUCUCUGCUCUGGGAUGAUUACAGGAAUUCAGAAAGCUUCUCUUUUCUAUGAAUGAGCUGAUCGUUCUGAGGGCACAAGGCAAUCCUGACAGGCUGGGACAGCAGAUUUCCAGGGAAGCUGUAUCCCAAGGCAUCAUCACUCAACCCUGGUGUGCUGAACGAUGGGAACUGUGGGGCUGGGGCAGAGGAGUGGGGAAUGCAACACCUGGCAUUCAGAGAGCCAGAAUGUGGGAUAUGCACACACCUUUUCUUUUUGUUUUUUGGUGGAUAUUCCAUAGAAGUCCCCAGAAGUUCCACUGGCAAUAAUGAGCCUUUUCUAGCACAGAAUUUGUGCCCACUGCACACUAAAGAUGAAUUUCAGCACCAAAACGUUCCCUGCUGUAGCUCCAUUCCAGGUGUGAUUCUCCAUAAUCCAUAGAAAUAUUUAUUUUAGUCCAGUUAGAGCUUUUGCACCCCAUUACCCACACCAGCCUUGAGCUCAUUUAGCACACAUUUUAUAGGACAUAAAACAAUAUAUGUGGCAUUACUUGUUUUAAAGUGGUGCAGGCAUAUUGAUCCCCACAUGCAUCCUCAUGGAAAUUCUCUAUAUUCCCUUUUUUCCCCCUUUUCGGUGCUAAUAACGUUACUGUAACAGUGACCAGCACAUAAAAUAAGUGUUCAGGGGCUGAUUCUGGCCCUGUUUUAUAUGAGAUAUUCCUCCACAGAAGUCAAAGGCAUGAAGUCAGAGUAAAGCCAAUUCACUGAGACCAAAGUCAAGCUUAGAGGGAAAUAUCUCAAAUAAACUGUGGAUUCUCAGAUUUUAAUUUUUUUUUAAAGUUAAAUACGGACACAGGCAUUCUCAGAAACUUGUGUUUGUUGAGCUAGAAAAUGCAAAGUGUUUCUGGAGAGGUGAAAAUGCCCGGGCGUCAGCAUUUUCAAUUAAAUGAGAAGCUGGUGAGAUCUGGUCAUGGGAAGUAGUGACCUUAAAGUCUGUGGUCAAGCUGAACAUGUGCUUUGUUUUGGGAGGGGGUGUGAAACUAAAACUAUUAUCGGGGAAAAAAGAAAAAAUGGAAUCUGGAGAAAAAAAAAUGUGAAAUAGGCAGCUUGAGCUAAAUGAGGUUAAACAUAUGAUUUUAGGUUUUGACCCUUCCAUUUCUUAGGAAAAAGAACUCAAAAGCACUUUUCAGAACAAAACCACUGAAAGAAGAAGUAUCAAAUUAUUAUUAUUAUUAUUUAACAACUGCUCAAAAUAGUCUUGAUCUUAGGAGUUGGCUUCUUCCCUAAUCCUUUUCAUCCCCAAAAAACUAACACUAAGCACAACCCAAAUUCAUCAGAGUUCCUACCACUUCCUUUCCCCUUAAAAACUGAAUAUUGAUGAAUAAGCAUUAACUUUCCAUGCACAGGCAGAAAUAAAUUUAGUAAAUUUUAAUCAAGGUAUAAAGAAAGCAGCUCCUAUCCUGCCAACAUUUAUUUGUGCUGAGCAUAGCCCUGAGCACGUGGCUGAAGGGGAUCAUGGUAAAAACCAGCUCCUGUUUGGUGGAUGGGAGGAGUAAAACCUGCAUGCCUCAAAUUAAAAAGUCAUAGGAAGUUUUAAUUGUGUUUAUCCUCAGCUCCAUCAUGGUUUGGAGCAAUCCUCCAGAUCAAGGAGUGACUGCAGGGACUGUCCAGCACAGGGGUGUUGGCAGGAUCAGAGUCCAAAGGGUGUCACACAUCACCCAAAAAGAUGCUGCUGAGAUGAUUUUUGGCAGGGGAUGUGAUGAGCAAACCUCUCUACAAAGGGGGUCCCCAACCAAGCCCAACAGAUUUAGGAAUUCGCUUGAAAAUUUCAACACAAUAUUCCAGAAUUUUGAAGGAUUCUGUUUUUCACCCCUCUAUGGCACAACUGACCACCCUGUCCUUUGCUUUAUUUGUCUUGUGAGUGGCCCAUCAUUUCAGGUGAGAAAUGAGGAGAGAAUUCGUUCUUUAGAAGAAUCAGAAAAUGUCAAGGAUCUUUGCCCCGAUGUGGGUGUUACACACCAGUAAUAGCAUUUUGCUAUUGUAAGGGAUUUUGUAGAAGGGAUUGUCUUUUGUCCUGUGCCUCAGCACUGAGAUGUAUCUUUACCAUAAGAACUGACUUAACUUCUUUAUAUUUUCCUAAGUUUUAUGAAAAUAAAAAUGCAACUUAACAAA